GAGUCAUGUGUGACGGAUUCACGUUCGCCUUUUGCUUGGUCCUCAUCAUUCCAGUGAUCAAUGGUGGCCGCCCGUGUGCCCCAGUGAGUUUCGGGCACAGCUCAGUCGUGUGUCUCUGUAACGCCACUUACUGUGAUAUGUUAGACUCUGUUGUCCUUCCUGCCCUGGGAAGUUUUAUCCGGUAUGAGAGCACCCGCUCUGGCAAGCGCCUGCAGAUCGGCACUGGCCCCAUCCAGAAGAGAAAGCCCUCACCCGUGGACCUGGUCCUAAAGCUGAACGACCGGAAGAGAUAUCAGAAGGUGAAAGGGUUUGGAGGAGCCGUAACCGAUUCUGCAUCCUUAAAUAUUCUCUCUUUGAGUCCCAAAACCCAAGAAAAUCUCCUCAAGUCGUACUUCUCUGAGGAGGGCAUCGAGUACAACAUCUUGCGUGUCCCCAUGGCUAGCUGUGACUUCUCCACACGGGUGUACACGUACCUGGAUAAGGAAGGAGACCUAAAGUUGGACUCGUUCAGCCUGCAGGCUGAGGACACCCAGCUGAAGAUUCCUUUAAUUCAGAAAGCAAAGGCUUUAUCCAGAAGGCCGCUGUCCCUCUUCGCCAGCCCGUGGACUGCCCCUGCGUGGAUGAAAACGAACAAUGCGUUUAGCGGGAAGGGGACCCUGAAAGGAGAGCCAGGAGAUCAGUACCAUAAGACCUGGGCCCAGUACUUCAUCAGGUUUUUGGAUGAAUAUGCAAAGCACAAUGUCACAUUUUGGGCUGUCACAGUGGAAAACGAGCCCACUGCGGGAAGGAUCUCAGAUUACCCCUUCCAGAGCUUGGGGUUCACCCCUGAGCACAUGCGUGAUUUUAUCUCUUCUGACCUUGGUCCCGCAUUCGCCAGCAGCGAGCACAAACACGUCAAUAUUAUGAUCCUGGACGACAAUCGGCUUCUGCUUCCGUACUGGGCUAAAGUGAUACUCUCCGAUCUCAAGGCCGCCCGCUAUAUCCACGGCAUUGCCGUUCACUGGUACCUGGAUGCCAUUAUCCCGGCCGAUGUCAGCCUCGGGAGAACGCAGCAGCUCUUCCCAGAAUACUUCCUGUUUGCCUCUGAAGCCUGCACUGGCUUCUUGCCCUGGGAGAAGGGUGUGCGCUUGGGCUGCUGGGAGCGGGGCAACCAGUACAGUUCGCGAAUCAUUGAGGAUCUGAAUUACCACGUCACGGGGUGGACAGACUGGAAUCUGGCUCUCGAUAUUGAUGGUGGUCCCACAUGGGUGGGCAAUUACGUUGACAGCCCCAUUAUUGUGGACACUAGUAAGGAUGUCUUCUACAAGCAACCAAUGUUCUACCAUAUGGCACAUUUCAGCAAAUUCAUCCCGGAGGGAUCCCAACGCAUCGGACUAGAUGCCAGUUCCGACAGCCAGCUGGAAACCGUUGCCUUCCUGCGGCCCGAUGGCUCGGCUGUCGUAGUCGUCCUGAACAGGGGCUCCCGCGAUGUGAAUUUCACCCUCUCUGACCCAUCGCUUGGAGUUAUCGAGACAGCGUCUCCAGGCUUCUCCAUUCAGACCUAUCUGUGGAAGCGUGAGUGACCUGACGCGGAAGGCGGCGCGGGCUUUGAUGGGUGUUUUGUAUUCAAAUGUUUCCAUAAUUGGCGGGAAAUUUGUAAAACCAAAAA